CUUUUGAAACCGUAUGAUCCAGAUGAAAACUCCUUGAACAUAGACAAUUACAAGUCCUCUAAAAAUGACUCUGGUUUGUUGACUACAGAAGAGCAAAGUAAGAAAGAUUCCAAGACUUUUAUGCGUUUUCCUAAAGAUGCCAUUUCAAAAAAUGUGCGUAGUAAGCCAGCUGCUAUAGUUGAGCAGAAUGGUAAGGAAGCAUCUUCCGUGCAAGAAGACCAAACCAAGUCACCGACAGACAACACAAGUAUGCUGAGUAGUAUUAGUGAUAAUAAUACUUCAGAGUCCUUCUCUUCCAGUAAUGGAUCUCCAUAUAGUACAAGCUCUACAAUUACUGCUGAGUCUAGAAGAACGAGGCCUGAUGUCCUUCAGUUUAAAAGACAAGAUUUAGGUCAGGCUCUUGAUGGAUUUCGUUCACGUAGAUCAUCCUGUUCUUCAGCCACUGCAACAUCAUCUCAAUCCUUACACAAGUUGUGGCUUGAAGAGCAAGAGGAUGCUCUUUAUGCUGAUAAUGUGAACCGCCAUGAAAAUCGAAGGUAUAUUCCUUUUGUACCUGGGACAGGUCGCGAUAUUGAUACUGAGUGUAUUCCUGGAGUAGAUGAGUUGAUUGAAAAGUUUGAUGUGAAUAUCCCUGUACAAAGAAGAGGCAGGUCUGCCAGACGUAAUAGGAUCAAUCCAGAGGAAAGGAAGCGAGCUAGAAGUGUUGACAGUGCUUUACCAUUUGGUUUACAAGGAAAUACCGCUUACUUAGACGAGUUCAGUAGAAAUUUAGGCAAGUCAAAUGAACACUUAUUACGGCCAUCCCAGAUCUGCCAGCAAAAACCACAUAUGCAGAACUAUAAACUGCCCUUUAAAAGGCAAAAUACAACUGGAAGCCUUGCCAGCCAAGCCUCACCCACAGAUAAGGUCCAGCAACAAAACUAUAGUUCUUUGCCAUACUGCAAUGAAACCAAGAGUAGCAGGUUAGCCUCGUUCAGUGAGACUGACUCGGCCACGCUACCUAGGCAAAACAAGAGAAACACUGAUGUUAAAACCAUGACCUCUUCAUUAAAACUGUCAAACUACAGCAUCGCCCCAUCAGAAGAAGCAAAAAGAAGAGUUUCUGCAAAUACUCACAGUACAGGUCAAGGUGCACAGGUGACACCAGACCUAUUGAAGGGCCAGCAAAAACUAGCGCAGCAAACUAAUGAGGAAACUGCAAAACAGAUACUCUUUAAUUACUUGAAAGAAGGAAGUCAGGAUAAUGACGAUGCAACCAAAAGAAAAGUCAACUUGGUCUUUGAAAAGAUUCAGACUUUAAAAUCCCGAGCCUCCAGCAAUGUGCAGAGUCCAGAUCCAACAGCUGAAAUCAAAGCUUUGACUGACCAGAAGAGUGAACUAGAAAGGAAACUGGCUUCCCUCCAGAAACGACUUGAUGACCAAACAAAGAGUCAAGAAAGCAACAAAGAACAGAACAAUAAAACAAAAGCAAGCAUGAAAGACAUCCAGGAACAACUUGAAUGUAGCAUGGAAGAAAACUUGGUUCUUCGUGGGAAACUGGGGGAGAGUGAAAAAGAAUUAAGAAAACAUCUAGAAGAAUUAUUUGAGUUGAAGAUGGAACAGGAGCAGUAUCAGACUGAAAUUAGAGAUCUGCAGGAGCAGCUGUCAGAAAUGCAUGAUGAAUUGGACAAUGCAAAGGGCUCUGUUGUUGAUGAUGGAGAAAGGGAGGCUUUGAUAGAGGAACUCAUGCACAUGAAACAAGGAGUGCAAGAGUUGCUAAUGGCAAAAGAAGAACAAGAAGAUCUAUUAAGGAAGCGAGAACGAGAACUCACAGCUUUAAAGGGAGCACUUAAAGAAGAGGUGUCCACUCAUGAUCAGGAAAUUGAUAAGCUGAAAGAGCAAUAUGAAAAAGAACUGAAGAAGAUGCGAGAGAGUAUUCAAGAGACAAUGGAGAAUGUAAAUGACAUCACUACUCAGAAGAAUGAAGCAAAUGAGAUAAAGAAUGCAUGUGAAAGUAGAGUAAAAAGUUUAUUGCGAGAAAAUGAAGAACUGAGACAAAGGAUACAGCAGCUGGAGGCCAAAAUAACUGAGCUUCAUCAGAAAAUCAAUGAGCUGAAUGAAGAUAACGAUAGAACAAAAGAGAGACUGCGGAGAACUGAGAAAGAAAAGCAGCAGCUGUUUGAGGAAUUAGAAGAUGCAAAAGAUCAAGAAAAGGAAGCACUACAGAUUUCUAGAGGGCUGGAAAACCAACUUGAAGACACAAAAAGAAGCCUCAGUAGGGUCACCCACGAGCAUCAGCAGUUGACUGAGCGAUUAAAAGAGGAAUCUAAUCAGAAAGAACAGUUAAGGAACUUGAAGAAUGAAAUGGAAGGUGAACGAUGGCAACUGGACAAAACAAUAGAGAAAUUGCAUAAAGAGAUUUCAGAUCAUGUUGAGUUUUCCCGUUCAUCCACUGUGGAGCUUCAAAAGCAGUUUGAUGACUAUAAAGAGAAGAAUCGGAAGGAAGGCUCUGAAAUGCAAAGACAUGUUAAAGAUAAGUCACUGGAAUUGGAAAGAUGCUAUCAGACAAUCAAGAAGCUGCAAGAUGAGAUUCGCCACUUGGAAGAAAAUUUGCAAGACCACCAGAGAGCCCAUGAUGACUCGCUGACCAAGAAUCAUCUUCUGCAACAGACAAUUAAAGAUCUACAGUACGAGCUGGAUGCCAAAAACCACUUAAAGGAUGAUCGCACUAGACAAAUAAAGUCAAUGGAGGACAAGAUAUCUCAGCUGGAAAUUGAGCUUGAUGAAGAAAAAAACAACUCAGAUCUCCUCCUAGAAAGAAUAACCAGAUGCCGAGAACAGAUUGAACAGAUGAGGGGAGAACUGCUUCAAGAACGAGCUGCCAAGCAAGAUUUGGAGUGUGAUAAAAUGUCUUUGGAAAGACAGAACAAAGACCUGAAGAGCAGAAUAGCUCAUCUUGAAACGUCACAUCGAUCCAAUAAAGAAGGACUUGUUGCUCAGAUGGAAGCAAGAAUAGUGGAGCUGGAAGAACGCCUGGAAAAUGAAGAAAGGGAUCGGGCAAACCUCCAACUCAGCAACCGCAGGCUGGAGAGGAAGGCGAAGGAGUUAAUGAUGCAGGUGGAUGACGAGCAUCUCACUUUAACCGAUCAGAAAGAUCAGCUAAGUCUACGACUAAAGUCCAUGAAGAGACAAGUAGAAGAAGCGGAAGAAGAAAUUGAUAGACUAGAAAGUUCCAAAAAGAAACUGCAAAGAGAUCUCGAGGAACAGGUUGACAUCAAUGAGCAAUUACAAACACAGCUUAAUGCUGCAAAGAAGGAACUCAGCAGACGCAGGAACUCCCCAAGCAAGAUGUUGAAUGACCUUGAUGACGAUGAUGACCUUAGCACUGAUGGAGAGAGCCUUUAUGAAGCACCUUCUUUAUAUAAAUUUUCCAGAGAUGAUGGCCUCAUCACCUAG